CGCAGUCACAACACAACUGAAUUUGUCAUAACAUAAAUGUAACAAACCUACUCUUCAUACGACAUAAAUAAUGGUGAUGAAAAUUUAGUUAAUUCGCACCAAUUUGUAAUAAAAUCUCGUUAUCACUAUUAAACUGUUUGUGUUUUAGAUAGCUGCUUACAUAGUAGUUGAAAAAUGGAAGCCCAAGACGUUUAUUAUAAUAAAAAUGAGUAUGUAGAAACUGCAUCAGGCAAUAAAGUAAGUAGACAGACGGUUUUAUGUGGUUCACAAAAUAUUGUUUUACAUGGAAAGGUUAUCGUACAAUCAGAUGCUAUAAUCAGAGGAGAUCUGGCUAAUGUAAAGACUGGUCGAUACUGUAUUAUUGGUAAAAAUGUAAUCAUUAGACCUCCAUUCAAAAGAUUCAGCAGAGGGAUUGCAUUUUUUCCACUACAAAUGGGAGAUCAUGUAUUUGUUGGAGAACGUGCUAUAGUUAGUGCAGCAGUAGUAGGCUCUUAUGUUUACAUUGGAAAAAAUGCAGUUAUUGGAAGGAGAUGUGUGUUGAAAAGUUGCUGUUAUAUUGAAGAUGGUGCUGUGAUUCCUCCUGAAACUGUUGUACCUUCAUUUACAAAGUUUGCUGGUAAUCCAGCGAAAUGUGUCGAAGAUCUUCCAGAGUGUACUUUAGAUUUAAUGCUAGAUUUUACAAAGAAUUACUAUCAGCACUUUAUACCAGCGAAAGCACCGUAGACAUUUUUUUUGAAGAACAAUAUAAAGGUAAUUUUAGAAAACUUCCAUGAGUUAUUGAAGAACACAUUUGAAGUUGUAUUAUCCACGUCGAUGUUAAUUACUUUUUUUAUUUCUAUUGUAAAAAUAUUUAUUUACAAUAAUAGAUGAAAUUUUUCGAAAAAUCUAUUUUUAUUUAAAAAAUAUCUCUCUUAAUACUUAUUUAAUUAUGAAACAGUGUACAAGUGAUAACAUCUAGUAAUAAUAAUCUUAAUUACCUAUUCAACUUGUAAAGUUAUUGUUCUCAAUACUACUCAGACAGUUAUUUAACUUCUCCUGUAAACUCUCUGCUUUUGUACUUGUAUGAAAAUUAUUUGUUAAAAUAUUACUUAUAAAUAAGCUUUAU